AUACAAUGAGAUUUUUAGCUAUUUUUGUUUGUUUAUUAUUAAUCUGUGGUGUUUUCGCCGAAGAAGAAAAGAAAACCUCAGUUGUUCAAAUUACUGCCGACAAUGUUGACUCAAUUAAAAGCGGUAAUUGGUUAGUCGAAUUCUUUGCCCCAUGGUGUGGUCACUGUAAAAGAUUAGCUCCAGUUUAUGAAGAAUUAGGUGCCUACUAUAACGACGAAUUAAAAGGUGAUAAAGUUAAAAUCGCCCAAGUCGAUUGUGUUGCCAACCAAGGUGUCUGCCAAAAAUUCGAAAUCAGAGGUUACCCAACCAUCAAAUAUUUCAAAGAUGGUGAAGCCAAAGAUUACAGAAGCCAAAGAGACAAAGCUAGUUUCAUUGCUUACAUUGAUGAAAUGACAAAAAACCCAAUCAUCGAAGUAGAAUCUCAAGAGCAAUUAGAAAAAUACCUUAGAGGAAAUAAAGUAUCAUUCAUUUUAGUUAAAUCAGCUUCAGAUGACUCAGCAUAUGAACAAUUUAAAAAAGUUUCAAAUCAAAUUCAAGAUGUUGGCUCACCAAAUACUUUAGUUAUUAGAGAUAAAGGAGUUUUUGAAGAAGAAAUUAAAAAUAAUCAAUUGGUUUUAGAUGACAAAUCAUCAACAUUAUUUGUUUAUAAAGAUAAAGAGUAUACCAAAUUCGAUGCAACUCAAAAUAAGCAAACAUUAAAUUCAUGGGUUAGAGUUAAUCAAUUCCCAUUAAUUUCAGAAUUAACCUUCUCAAACCAACAAAUGUUAACAUCUGCAUUUGGUAAGAUUGUUAUGUUUGUUUAUAAAUUCAAACCAUCAGCUGAACAAAUUCAAUACAUGAAAUCUUUUGCAAGUGAAAAUGAUGUUGGUGCAGCUCCAGGUGAUUUUGGUUACACUUAUAUCGUAGAAGGUACUUUUGUUAAUUGGAUCUCACAAUUCGGUUUGGAAAAAUUCCCAGCAGUUUUAGUAUUCCCAGAAAAGAUGGAUAUUUAUUAUUAUGAAGAUACAGUUAACCCAAUGGAUAAAUCAUCAUUAACCAAAUUCUUAAGUGAUGUUCACCAAAACAAAUUAUCAUUAAAAUAUUUAAAUAGAUUAGGUUAUAUUGUAGACCAAAUUGAAUUAUUUGUCAUGGACUACUUAUACUAUAUUAUUGGUUUAUCAAUCCUUUUACCACUCAUAUUCUUUUAUUUCUUUUGCAGAGGUGAUGAAGAGUCAAAGAACAAGGAUGAAUAA